CACACGCGCGCACACACACACACACACACACGCACGGACGCCUGGACGCUGCAGCGUUUUUGAACAGAGAGUGUUUCCAGCCCUGGAUAGGAGGGAGGAGGCAGGAAGGCAGGAGGAAGGCGACAAUGUCCGAAUCCUGACCGUAUUGGGGGGAAAAAAGAAAAAAAAGGAGAGAAGCGAAGCGAAGCCAAACGAAAAGAACGAAAAAGACCUUUGUGAAUCGGAUGGACCGGCGCUAGAACACGGUCACAGCGUGUCGUUGCAGACAUGGGUCGCGGCGGUGCGCCACCUCACGCUCGGCUCCUUGGGGAGUGUUUCCACUGUGGGAAUGGCGUUGUGAUGCUGAGCGCGGAAGACGCAGCGGAGGCGGAUGCCAGGGAAUAAAGAAAUAUAUGAUCACCUGUGCUUUUCUUUGGGUUGGAUUUUUCGUAGCGGUGGACAGUACCAUGGUGAAUUACCAGAAAUACAUUACUGUUAUGCAGCUGGCUCUGGGGGUGACCGCCUCCAACAAAGAACAUUGUCUUCCACCCAGGAAGCGUAUGUGGAUACACCCCAGCCCGACCGCCGGCUCCAUCACAGCAGCCUCCUCCGUGAGCACCAUCCAGGGCAAACCAUCACUCCGCCGCAUCAAGGGCCGCAUUCACAGGAGCAAGAGCCUGGACAGCAUUGAUCUGCUUGACUCCAACAGUGCAGCAAUGGAGGAAACUGUCAUUUGGGAACAGCACACAGUAACACUGCACAGGGCACCAGGGUUUGGCUUCGGGAUAGCCAUUUCAGGAGGUCGGGAUAACCCUCAUUUUCAGAGUGGCGAGACCUCCAUUGUCAUCUCGGAUGUGUUGAAAGGAGGCCCAGCAGAAGGCCUACUGCAGGAAAAUGACAGAGUUGUUAUGGUCAAUGCUGUCUCCAUGGACAAUGUGGAGCACGCGUACGCCGUCCAGCAGCUUCGUAAAAGUGGGAAAAUUGCCAAAAUUACAAUCAGACGGAAGAGGAAGGUGCACGUCCCCAUGGGCCGCCUCGGGGAGAGGGAAACCAUGUCGGAGCACGACGAGGAGGAGGACAGCUACGACGAAGAGAUCUACGAGACGCGAAGCGGCCGCAGCGCCACUUACAGCGGUGUGGGCGGGGCCAUGGGCAGGCGCAGCGGGCGGAGCAGCGGGCGGAGGGACAGGGAACGCGAGCGCAGCGGCUCGCGGGAGCGGAGUCUCUCGCCGCGCUCGGACCGCCGCUCCCACAACCUGCCCCCGCGCCCCGCAAAGGUCACGCUUGUCAAAUCUCGCAAAAAUGAAGCAGAAUAUGGCCUUCGCCUGGCCAGCCACAUCUUUGUCAAGGACAUUUCCCCCGAGAGCCUGGCAGCCAGAGACGGCAACAUCCAGGAAGGAGAUGUCGUUCUGAAGAUCAAUGGCACAGUGACAGAAAACCUCUCCUUGAUAGAUGCCAAGAAACUGAUAGAAAGGUCAAAGGGCAAGCUAAAAAUGGUUGUGCAGAGGGACGACAGGGCAACGCUACUGAACAUCCCCGACCUCGAUGACAGCAUUCCUUCAGCCAACGCCUCCGACAGAGACGACAUUUCAGAUAUCCAUUCUAUGGGAUCGGACCAUUCCAAUCGAUCGCAUGACAGACAUCGCAGCAGCCGCUCCCGCUCUCCAGACAGGAGAUCUGAACCCUCAGACCACUCCAGACACUCGCCCCCGCAAAUCAGCAACGGCAGCUGGAGAAUACCUCACAGAAGUCGUGAUGACGAACGGAUCUCAAAGCCGGCUUCAACUCCAGUGAAGCUGCCGGAAGAGCUUCCCCUCCCCAAACCGAAGGAGUCGGCUACUUCUAGAGAGGAGAAACAGCUCCCACCACUCCCAGAGCCCAAGCCUGUGUACGCUCAGCCGGGACAGCCAGAUGUAGACCUGCCAGUCAGUCCCUCCGAUGCCCCUGUGCCGAGUGCUGCCCACGACGAAAGCAUCCUACGGCCAAGCAUGAAGCUUGUGAAGUUCAGGAAGGGGGAGAGCGUGGGGUUGCGGCUGGCCGGGGGGAAUGACGUGGGCAUCUUUGUAGCCGGAGUGCUUGAGGACAGCCCUGCUUCCAAGGAGGGCCUGGAGGAGGGGGACCAAAUUCUCAGGGUAAAUAAUGUAGAUUUUGCAAACAUAAUCCGAGAGGAGGCGGUGCUGUUCCUCCUUGACCUUCCUAAGGGGGAAGAGGUCACCAUUCUUGCCCAGAAGAAGAAAGAUGUGUAUCGGCGGAUUGUGGAGUCAGACGUCGGCGACUCCUUCUACAUCCGGACCCACUUUGAGUAUGAGAAGGAGUCUCCGUAUGGGUUAAGCUUUAACAAGGGCGAGGUGUUCCGUGUGGUGGACACCCUCUACAACGGGAAGCUGGGCUCCUGGCUGGCUAUUCGCAUCGGCAAGAAUCACCAGGAGGUGGAGAGGGGCAUCAUCCCCAACAAGAACAGAGCGGAGCAGCUGUCCAGCGUGCAAUACACUCUCCCCAAAACAGCGGGCGGCGACAGGGCCGACUUCUGGAGGUUUCGUGGUCUUCGGAGCUCAAAGAGGAACCUGAGGAAGAGCAGAGAGGAUCUCUCUUCCCAGCCGGUCCAGACAAAGUUCCCAGCUUAUGAAAGAGUUGUACUGAGAGAGGCUGGGUUUCUGAGACCUGUGGUGAUAUUUGGGCCGAUCGCUGAUGUUGCUCGAGAAAAACUCUCCAGAGAAGAGACUGAGCUUUUUGAGCUUGCGAAGAGUGAACCGAGAGAUGCAGGAACAGACCAGCGCAGUUCUGGAAUCAUUCGUCUUCACACCAUCAAGCAGAUCAUUGACAGGGACAAGCAUGCUGUUCUGGACAUCACCCCGAACGCUGUGGACAGGCUGAAUUACGCUCAGUGGUACCCAAUUGUAGUCUUCCUAAACCCUGAUACGAAGCAGGGUGUGAAGAACAUGAGGACCAGACUGUGUUCAGAGUCCAGGAAGAGCGCCAGGAAGCUCUAUGAGAGGGCCAUCAAACUGAGGAAGAACAAUCACCACCUGUUCACCACCACCAUCAACAUGAACAAUAUGAAUGACGGCUGGUACGGAGCUCUGAAGGAGACAAUCCAGCAACAGCAGAACCAGUUGGUGUGGGUGUCAGAGGGCAAGGCGGACGGCACCACGGAGGAUGACCUGGACAUCCACGACGACCGUCUGUCCUACCUGUCUGCGCCAGGAAGCGAGUACUCCAUGUACAGCACGGACAGCCGCCACACCUCCGACUACGAGGACACGGACACGGAGGGCGGGGCGUACACGGACCAGGAGCUGGACGAGACCCUGAACGACGAAGUGGGCCUGCCCACGGAGCCCGCCAUCACCCGCUCCUCCGAGCCCGUGCGAGAGGACCCACCCGUGAUUCCGGACACCCCCGGUUACCCCGGUUACCAGCACCCCGUGCAGCCCGACCCGGCCGGCCGCAUUGACCCUGCCGGGUUCAAGAUGGCCGCUCCGCAACAGCAAGAUGAGGCCUCGCUGCCCAUGCCCCCGUUGCCUCCGGCGGUGGUAGCGCCCCCUGCCGUUGAGCGGCCUGUACAGCUUGAGGGUUUGCACCUAGAGGAGCCGCCUGCUGCAGCCGCAGCUCCUCCUAUGGCCGACUCACUUAGCAGCCCCAGCCCUGCCCCUGAGCUUAUUCAGCCCCCGCCACAACCACUUGAACCCCACCCGUCUGGACCGCCUGGUCCAGAACCAAAGAUGUACAAGAAAGAUCUGUACAACAUGGAGGACCCUGUGCGAAUCCACCAUGGCCUGAAGCAGUCUUUGAGCUACUGUCACCAGCCGCCGUACCAGGACAAACAGCCAUACCGCGAGUACGACCACCCGCCUUACGGAUACGACGGAGGCGGCUUCACCGAACCAAAGCCUCACAACACCGACCCCCACCCGCACUACGACAACCGUGUGCCUCAUUACAACGACCAGUGGGCCCCCUACGACCAGCAGACCUCGUCCUCCCAGCCCGCAGGCUACCAGCCGAGCCACCAGCCGGGCCACCAGCAACCCAUGGGCUACAACCCCCGGUCGCCCUACGACGACGGGCCGGGCCGGGACUACAGCCCCACUCAGCCGCGUUACGAUGAGGCCCCCCCGGCGGGCUACGACGGCAGACGGCGGCACAGUAAAGCUGGGCCCGUUCGCUACGACGAGCCUCCGCCCCCGCCCCCGACCGGCUACGACGCCCGCUCCCCUUACGAGGCGGAACCUCACGGCUUCCCCGUUAGUUCGCCGCGAUCGCCGGAGCCCCCGAAGCAGUAUUACAGUGAGUCCGGUCUGAGGCCCACCUACAUUCCUGGGCCUGCAAACCGCGGCUUUAAGCAAGGGAUCCAUGACCCUGUGAUGAACUCGGAACACACAAUUCCCCCUCACAAACCAGAGAGCCUGCCCUCUCCCGGCGAGCCAGCGACCACUCCGGGCUCCAAACCCCUCCCUCCGCCGCCACGGGAAGACCUGGACGACGACCCGGCCAUGAAGCCACAGUCGGUGCUCAACAGAGUAAAGAUGUUUGAGAAUAAACGGUCUGUUUCUGUGGACAGGGCUAAAGAAGGAGGAGAAUCGGCUCUCAGACCUGCAGAUGUUCCCAAACCUGUGAUUGUACCCGGCCCAGUCCUCAAAGCCAAUUCCCUGUGCAACCUGGAGCAGGAGAAAUCCACCUAUAGGGCCCCUGAGCCACAGAAGCCCCAUACUAAACCCCUGGAUGAUGUAAUGCGCUCUAACCACUAUGACCCAGAUGAGGAUGAGGAGUACUACAGGAAGCAGUUGUCCUACUUUGAUCGCCGUAGCUUCGACAGCAAGGCCAUGGGCCAACCCAAUCCAGGCAUCAACCGCUUCCACGAUCUGCCCAAGCCGGCUCAGCUGUCCUACCCGUACAACCGAGUGGAGUCCGUGGAGAAGGUGAGUCCUGUGGAGAAGAGAUAUGAACCCUUGCCCCAAAUCAGCCCGUCAUCACAGUACGGGCCCCCGGGGUCCGCCAUGCCACCCAGCGCACUGCUCAAGCUCAGCCCCAUCGACGCGAACCCCGCGCCCAUUGAGCCAUUGAGUUCCCCCAACCCGAAACCCGAGCUGCCGGCGCUCAGGCCGCCCAGCAGAGACGAACCCGCUGCCGGUGGCUACCUGCCCCCGAGGGGCCUCCCGGAGAAGUCCCCGGUCAACGGCACCGACACCGCACCCCCUAAGACGCUGGGCGCCCCGCCUCCGGCCAGCUAUAACCGCUACGUCCCCAAGCCGUACACCAGCUCGGCCCGGCCCUUUGAGCGCAAGUUCGAGAGUCCCAAGUUCAACCACAACCUGCUGCCCAACGACACACAGGGGAAGGCGGAGCUCCUCGGUAAGCCCGGCGUGGCGAGCAACAGCGGUGGGAAGCCCACGCUGUCGCCUCAGCCUCUGGACCACGACAGCGGCCUGGACACCUUCACGCGCACCAUGGACAACAGGCCCAAAUACCAGCACAAUAACAUCAACGCCAUUCCCAAGGCCAUCCCCGUAAGCCCCAGCACGCUGGACGAUGACGACGAGGACGAAGGGCACACGGUGGUGGCCACCGCCCGGGGGAUCUUCAACUGUAACGGUGGGGUCCUGAGCUCCAUCGAGACGGGCGUCAGCAUCAUCAUCCCGCAGGGCGCCAUCCCCGAGAGCGUGGAGCAGGAGAUUUACUUCAAGGUGUGCCGGGACAACAGCAUCCUGCCGCCCCUCGACAAGGAGAAAGGAGAAACGCUGCUGAGUCCGCUGGUGAUGUGCGGCCCGCACGGACUCAAGUUCCUGAAGCCGGUGGAGCUGCGCUUACCUCACUGUGCGUCUAUGACCCCUGAUGGUUGGUCUUUUGCUCUAAAAUCCUCCGACUCCUCGUCGGGUGAUCCCAAAACCUGGCAGAACAAAUCUCUCCCCGGAGACCCAAACUACCUGGUGGGUGCAAACUGUGUGUCUGUGCUCAUCGACCACUUCUGAAGAGGGCGACAGCUGGCCUGUUACUGAAUGUGAUAAACAGGGGACCUCCGCCGCCCUGCCGGGCCCACUCCACCGCGGCGCCGUGCACGACGAUACGCCAAGUAGGAACCUGACACUCUCGCGUUUUUAACUGUGCCCAAAAACGAAAAAAGAAGAAAACGACACACACACACACACAAGGAGAGUCGGAAGAGUCCAGCAUCCCCAACGCUGUACUCUUGUUCCUUUUGUUCUUUUUUUUCGGUACUUUGAAGGCUUGCAAAAAAAAUCGAUUAAAACAAAGGAACUGACGUUGGAAUGCAUGACCAGUGCCACAGACUGAAUGAUCUCAUUUUGACUUUUGUAGCUAAUUUUUUAAAAGGUCAGAGCGGUGCAGAAAAAAAAAGAGAAUUUUGGACCUCAUUUAAUAUUACAAUGGGAUUUUUGCGUACUGUAAAAAAAAAAAAAAAACACUCACAAACAGCAAAGUUGGUAUAUGCAAAACUUUUGUUUGUGAGUUUUGCGGCCGUGCGUUUCACUCGUGAAGGAUCUCUUCAGGAAUUGAGAAAUGCUGAGCGCAUCUCAUGAAGGAAGACGUAAAGAAAUUUAAAAAAAUAAAUAAAGUGAAUGACGGUUAAGUAUUAUUAUCGGAUGCCCGUUUGUUCUGACGGGGCUCUCUCUCUCUCUCUCUCUCUCUCUCUCUCUGUUUAAAACUGAUGUUUUGUAGCAAUGUUUUACCGUACAUAAAUAUACUGACUUGAUUUUACAAACUCCUGCUGUCUAGAGAUCUAUGCAUGUGCUAUGACUCAGGUCCAGAAGCCUGCUACCACUUAGUUCAACACAUGAAAAUCCCAUCGUACACUGCAAGCAGUGAUGCCUUAUCUGCAUAUUAACUUUUCAGUGAAACUUUAAAACAUCGGUUCCUUCAGUCAUAGCGAUCACUACGGAAGAAAAAGUCCUCUCUGCAUUUUCUCAUGAACCGUGAACUUGGAUUUAGCACACGAGAAUAGUUGAGGCUGAUGAAAAGGUAUGCUUUCUUUUACUGCUAUGCAUAUGAAGUCUGAGGAAAUACAAAAAGCUAGAAGAUGAUUAAACUGUUGCUGUAAAUAUUGCUAGUAUAUGGCCUUGGUUCUCUGUAAAUGAACUUUUGUACAUCUUUGUUAUUUUGUAUAAAAGAUAAAAUGUUUGUUUUAAAAAGAGAAAGCGAUUACAUUGGUUAUGUUUCUAUUCUGGUUAUACCCCUGAGCCUUGGAACUGACAUAAGCAGUAAUAAGUCUGACUUUUCUACCAACAUAUAAACACACACACACACUACUUUAGGCAUUUUUAACAGUCAGAAAACUUUUUAUUCUUAUUUACAAAAUAGAGAAGUGCUUGGUUUAAAUGAUUUUAAAAGAUGUACUUGAGGGGGUCUGCUGUGAAGAGUGGUCCCUUCCUUUAUUUGUGAUACUGGAUGCUGUAUUGUGUGCCCUGAAAUGUAUUUUUGUACUAAUAGACAAUUUAUUAUGGCACAUUGGUACUAUUUUCUUUUGAUAUAAUACUGCUUCAACCCAACACUAGUUUAUUUUCCUGUGUGGCUGACAUUUUUAUUUAUUUUUAUUUUUCUUUGGUUCAACAUUUAUUUCUCAUUCUGCACAUUUCUAAGUAUACCACUGUAUUAAUAAAUAAAUUCAUUUUUAAAGAAACUACUGCUUGUAUCAGUGUCUUGUGUUGCAGAUGCCUCCAGAUGUUUUACACACACCCAAAUGCAAGCCAAGGAUUCCUCUGCAGUUUGUGGAGGUGCAGAAUCAGUCGGUAUAGAAUCCGUAAACCGGAUUAGUUGCUUCCUCUGAUGCGAAUCCAGCGGCGCCGGUGUCCUUUAAAGAUUAACGGAGGUUUUCGGUGUUGUUGGCAUGUUUCCCAUUGGUUGGGUUUUAAGCCAGAAGAUAGCGGCCUACGUCCUGAACGCUACAAACCGAGGUUUAAAUACUGGAGGUCAAAGGUCAGGGUGAUGGUGACCUCGCAGGUCGGCCGCUCUGUUGAUCUCGUAUGGCAGUAACACUGGGGCAGUUUCUUGGUCGGACUUCCACUCUGCGUUUCACGUACGUGCACCGCUUGUUGACUGUUAUCCUUAAGUUUGUUAGUUUUUCUUUGUCCCUCUUCGCCACAUUUCUUAACCAUUUUAUGACAUUUCAUACUAUAGAUUUGUGUUAUGUUCGACUUUUAUAGGACUUAAAUAAGCUACAAUACAUUGGCUUUUCUAUGACAGACGGUAUACUGUUUAUUGCACACUAUAAUAUGACUUCUUUGUAACAUUUUUUGUCCGAAUUUACAUGUAUUUAAUGACGGAUGACAUAAAAUAGUAUGAUGUUUCAUAACCAACUACUACUCAUACUAUUCAUUGUUUAAUAUGGCCUAUCGAUACUCUACUUGUGGCAUACUUUGAUAUGAUUUUUAUCAAAGUAUGUACUUAUCUGUCUGUACAAUUGCUCAACAUCUACAAAUAGAAAAAUCCCAAAGAAUUUACAAAUCAUGAACCAGCCUAAAGGUAUAGACAGGAGUUAAAUGACUCAAUUCUGUGUGUGUGUACCCUAAUUGGAAUGGAUAAAAUAGAAAUUCUGGUCAUAAAUCAAUACAACACAAUCACAAACUGCAACCUCAAAA